AUGGUUACCAGUCAACACUACUCAUCUCUAACUUGCGAAAUUGACGCAAAGUACGGAGCUGGUAGAAUAUUAGAUGAAGUAAUCAAUCAUACCAAUGUUAGAUAUUUACGACUCAAUAUUGCCAAUACAUCAACCUAUCAUUUUACAAUUCAAAGAUUGGACAAGGAUAAUAGAAAUGUAUUGGUAUUGGAAACACAAUCACUUCAAGGUGGAAUAAUCACUCAGCAAAGAAAAUCAAAAAAUAAUAAUCAACGUCAACAUCAUCAACAACAACAACAACAACAAUACCAUCCCAUUUAUUUAAAUUUGCUCGUUUCUGUCAAUUCAUUUAAAUUAAAAUGGAGCACUGAAUUGGAUAAUAGUGCUAUAAGAAGAUUGGUUAGUUUCAAUCGUUUUGAAGCUAUCAAUACUGACAAUGGAUAUGAAUCAGAACAGUUUCAACAAACAUCUACUAGAUUCAACCUCAACUCAUUUAAAGAUAUCUUGGAGAAUAGUAUAUCUGAUAGUCAGGUGAUACUGUCUGAUCAAAAAUACAAAGACUAUCCUCAACGAAUGACUGCAAAUAGAGACAUAGCAGAUAAAAGUGGUAUUACAACUGCUUUGUUAAAGUACCUUCAAAAACCAAUUUUAAAUAGUGAUUUAAAGUCACUCUACAACGAGAUACCAUCGAUCGAGACUCUAUUCAUCCUGCAUUUCGAUAAAACCAUUGUAGAUCUUGGCUCCAUUACAAUGUUUCCUCGUCUCGAACGACUUGAAGUUCGUGCAAGAGAGUUGUUGAAUCUUGGUCCUCCCCCAACUCUCAAGUCUCUAAAGCUAGAUGUCUCCAUUGACUCGCUAGCCGACUUGGGUCUCACCAAACUCGUAUCAUUGACAGAGCUGAGACUCCACCAGCAUGGUGGUUCAGUGACAGAUGUCGGACCGAAUCUCUUGCCGACCAGUCUGACAUUGCUAUCUAUCGUAGUGGUGGGGAUCCCUCCAAGAGAUGCAUUCCUUUCAUUGACAUCGCUGGUGACCCUCGAUAUUCGCCUGACCCAGAAUCGAAUAGACCAAAAGGUGAAAGAACAACGAUACAUCGACCUUGAUAGUCUAUCCAACCUCAAGACACUCAAGCUCAAUGAUCGUAGUGUUCAGACAUAUGAUAAAGAUUUUUUAAUCGAGAUUAGUGUCCCUCCAUCAAUCAAGAUUCUUAGAUCCACAUGUAUACGAAUCCCACCCCAUUGCACAAUGCCAAUGUUGGAGAGGUUGAAUGUGCUACAAAUCGCAUUGAUCGAGGAAAGAAUCAGUCUAUUAUCAUUACCAUUGAUAAAGAAACUGGUUAUUUUGGAUUGCCAAGAAAUCAUGCCAUCCAAAAUCAUUAUCCCAUCCAAUGUCGAAAAACUCACAAUCUAUAAACACUCUAAAGAAUAUAUACUUGGACAAGUUGUAUUCCCACCAUCACUGACUCAUCUAACGGUCUUUGGAGACUAUGAACCUAUCCACCUCCCCGAAUCACUCGUUAAAUUAAAGAAGAGUAUCAGAACUCCAAUGUCAUUUCCUCAUCAUUUGAAAAAACUGGUUUGGCAAAUGGGUACGGAUGACUAUAAUGAUUAUAGUUAUAUCAGAGAUAUAAAAAUUUUGGUGUUGCCCUCCAACUAUUCACCUCAUCUUGAAACUCUUGACUUGACCUAUAUCAAAAAAAAUACUAUUAUUAACAUACCACCAAUCACCAAAUAUCUUUUAUUAUACUUGGACCCAACGCUUGAAUAUUAUGAAGUGAUCAAUCAAACCAAUGUUAGAUAUUUAUCAAUCGUUGUUUCUGAAAAUACAACCUUUGAAUUUUCAAUUCAAAGAUCAGACGCAGACAAUCUAAAUGUAUUGGUAUUAGAAACAAAGUCACUUCAAGGUGGAAUAAUCACUCAACAUAGAAAAUCUCUUCCACUACAUCAUCAUCACCUAUAUGAAAGCAACAUUUAUUUACAUACCAAUAACGAUCAACAACAAAAACAACAAUAUGAUCCCAUUUAUUUACAUUUUCUAUUCAAUCAUUCAUCUCCAUUUGAAUUGAAAUGGUCGAUUGAUAAAAGAAGCUAA